AUGGAACGUGAUGAUCUAGACAAAUUGUUACAAAACAUCGACGCUGCUGUCAGUGCCCUAGAGCAAAAAGUACGCAUCAUUUUCCAGACUCGCGAGAUUGGUGACAAGACGCGAGCGCCCUACCAGUCUGCGAAUGUCCUCCAGAUUCGCAGCGAUCUAGAGUACGCACGCCUUUUCAAAGGAAAAAAUGUGGCUGCAGCGAUCCACUGGGGAGAGCCCGACGUUACUGCAGAAGCUCUCUCGGCUGGCAAGCCUGUAGGUAUUUGCGGCACACAUACACUGCAUCAUUUCAUGGCGUGCGUGUGUGAGCAAGCUCAAGUGGGUCUCCCAUUGAUCGACUGGAAGACUUGCACGAGAGACUUUCCGCCACUUUCGAUCGAGAAAAGCCAGUGA